GUGAUGCUGUCGGAUACUAAUUUACUGUAAAUAUGGCAACCUCCCUCUGUGUCCCCUCAAAUAAGCGAAAGAACAAAACCCCACAUUUGCGAUUUUGCUCCAAACCUCUGUGUCAUCGGAUAAUCCUUCAUGGCGACUGCUAGUGAUCAGCAACUGAAAUUGUAUUCCUACUACAGGAGCUCUUGCUCUUACCGUGUCCGAAUUGCCCUCAACCUCAAAGGGCUCAAAUACGAGUACAAAGCUGUAAACUUGUUGAAGGGAGAACAGUAUAGUCCUGCGUUUAGAAAGCUCAAUCCGAUCGGCUAUGUACCGGUGCUUGUGGAUGGGGACUUAGCUGUUUCCGAUUCAUUUGCCAUUUUAUUGUAUUUGGAAGAAAAGUAUCCACAACAUCCGUUGUUGCAUAAAGACCAUCAGCGAAGGGCCAUUAACUUCCAGGCUGCAAAUAUUGUUUGCUCAAGCAUACAGCCCCGUCAGAAUCUGGCAGUAUUGAAUUAUAUAGAAGAAAGGGUUAGUCCAGAUGCGAAAAUUGAAUGGGCUAAAGUUCAUAUUGAGAAAGGUUUUGCAGCACUUGAAGAUCUACUGAGAAACUAUGCAGGAAGAUAUGCAACUGGAGAUGAAGUUUCUUUUGCAGAUUUGUUUUUGGCGCCCCAGAUUCAUGCAGCUUUUACAAGGUUCAAUCUAGACAUGACCCGGUUCCCCCUUUUGUCCAGGCUGCAUGAGGCAUACAAUGAGAUACCAGCAUUUGUAGAUGCUAGGCCAGAUAAGCAGCCGGAUGCUCCUUCAUAACAGUUACCAACAUGUUCAAGAG